AUGACUACUGAAGAGUCGAAGGACCGUCAUUCUGCCAACCAGUUCCGGCACGUCGAAAUCGAGCCAGGGCGCCCGCAGGGCGAAGGAACGAUCCGUCAGAAUGAUCUGGCGACGGCACGGAGGAACGCCAAACCCACGGCCUACCGAGAGGUCGUGGACGAAUAUGUCCAACAUCAGCAACGAACGCCACCAAUUGAGAACGAAGCAGGAGGAUGGUGUGGAUGCCGGAGACGGAAGACGGAGAUGGAGAUGCAGAGGAAGCAGCGGGCUAAUGUGAGGGCUGACUAA